AUGGACUUCUCUCCCGGCCAGGAAAAAGAAAUCCAACUAAUUACGGAUUAUUUUUUCCCCUUGCGCAACGAUGUUUAUCAAUUAUUAGAAAAGGCUCGUCGCGAAAAAAUUAUUAUCACAAAUUCCCAGGCUUCCUUAUUAAUUCAUAUCUCGAGCAAAAAAAACCCGCCACCCGAAUUUUUUCAGUUGAAUUUAACUGAAUUAUUAAUGGUGGCGGAAAUCCGAUUUAGUCCCAAAUUAAAAAAAGACAUGAUGACGGGAAAUUUUUGUUCUCUUUAUCUAGAAAACACUCAAUUAAAACAAGAACUUCUGAGUUCUUUUCAAGAACGAGUUGUAGCGACCGAGGAGUUAGAGGAAAAAUACAACAACUUAGAACUAGAAUAUCAUUUAAAACAAAAACUCCAAACUAGUCAAGAAGAAAAAAAUGAAAAUCUGGAAUUAUUUGUUAAUCUCCAAAGCAAAGGGCGGGAAUUGAAGCAAUUAAAAAAUGCUGCCAAAAGCAAAUUAGAAAAUAAUACUCUCUUAAAGAACCUAUUAAGAAAUCAAGAAUUUUUGACUACUUAUCGGACUGAAAACAGUGACCCGAAAACUCUUGGGCUACUUGAAAAUGAAUUGCAAAAAUUAAAAAAACAAUUAUGA